AUGGUUCUUUCAAAGAGAGCUAGAAGUACCACCUUCUCUACAAUUUCUGACAUGUCUGUCUUCUCUCCCUUAAGAAAGCAUGGUGGCAAGGACCAGAGCAACCAGUCCAGUGUCACUGAGUUCCUCCUCUUGGGUCUCUUUGAGAGACCAGAGCAGCAGCCUCUCUUAUUUGGCGUCUUCCUGGCCAUGUACCUGGUCACCAUGCUGGGGAACCUGCUCAUCAUCCUGGCCGUCGGUUCUGACCCCCGCCUCCACACCCCCAUGUACUUCUUCCUGGCUAACCUCUCUUUGGCUGAUGCCUGCUUUUCUUCCACCACGGUCCCCAAGAUGCUGGUGAACAUCCAGAUGCACAGUCAGACCAUAUCCUACGGGGCGUGUUUGGCCCAGAUGCACUUGUUCAUGACAUUCGGGGCACUGGAUGACUUCCUCUUGGGGGUGAUGGCCUAUGACCGCUACGUGGCCAUCUGCCGGCCCCUUCACCACACCACGCUCAUGAACCUUUUUGUGUGUGUGCGCCUUCUGGCAGCCUGUUGGGUUCUCACCAACUUCCCUGCCCUCUUACACACCCUGCUCAUGGAGAGAAACAUGAGGAGGGAGAACCAGAGCAGCGUGUCCCACUUCCUCCUCCUGGGGCUCCCCAUCCCGCCAGAGCAGCAGGGUGUGUUCUUCGCCCUGUUCCUGGGCAUGUACCUGACCACGGUGCUGGGCAACCUGCUCAUCCUCCUGCUCAUCAGGCUGGACUCUCGCCUCCACACCCCCAUGUACUUCUUCCUCAGCCACCUGGCCCUCACUGACGUCUCCUUCUCAUCUGUUACUGUCCCUAAGAUGCUAAUGAGCAUGCAGACCCAGGACCAAUCUAUCCCCCAUGCAGGGUGCAUAGCACAGAUGUACUAUUUUAUAUUUUUUACUGAUCUGGACAAUUUCCUGCUCACCUCAAUGGCCUAUGAUCGGUAUGUGGCCAUCUGUCACCCUCUCCACUACCCCACCAUCAUGAGACAGGGACUGUGUACCUUACUAGUAACUGUAUCUUGGAUUCUCUCCUGUGCCAAUGCCCUGUGUCACACCCUGCUCCUGGCCCAGCUGUCUUUUUGUGCUGACAACACCAUCCCCCAUUUCUUCUGUGACCUUGGUGCCCUGCUCAAGCUCUCCUGCUCAGACACUUCCCUCAAUGAGCUGGCCAUUUUCACAGUAGGAGUUGCAGUUAUUACUCUCCCACUAAUGUGCAUUCUGAUCUCAUAUGGCCGCAUUGGGGCCACCAUCCUGAAGGUUCCAUCCACCAAGGGGAUCUGCAAAGCCUUAUCCACAUGUGGCUCCCACCUCUCUGUGGUAUCUCUGUAUUAUGGAACAGUUAUUGGGCUGUAUUUUUUCCCCUCAUCCAGCACCUCCAGUGACCAGAAUGUAAUUGCCUCUGUGAUGUACACAGUGGUCACACCCUUGCUGAACCCUUUCAUUUAUAGCCUAAGGAACAGGGACAUGAAGGGGGCCUUGGAGAAGCUCUUCCACAGGGCAAAAGUCUUGUCUCAAUGA